CAGAGGAGUACAAGAUGGUAGUUGGUUUUCACUUCCUGCACUUUCCGAGCCUUUGUCUCCGCGGGACGCAGCUGAAGGCGCACCCGGGGCUGAGUGUGCAGGGGCCCCAGCGGGACACCCCGCUCCCAGCGCCGGCUUCGCCGGACACCGCUCAGGAAAGGAUUCGGGUCUCCAGGUGAGGAGGAUCAGGGCGCCAAGAUGGCUAGAAGGAGUGCAGGUCAGUGGUUUGUGCUCUGGGUCAGCUUGCUGCUGGCGGCGGACUUUAGCAAAGGGCAGGAGGAAAAACCCUUUGGUGAAACGUGCUUGGAGGACUUCACAGCAGGGAUGCCUGAUUUCGUGCUGGAUACGGACGCCUCUGUGCAGAAUGGAGCCACCUUCUUAUCGUCCCCCAUGGUCCAUCGGAGCAGGGACUGCGUGAGAGCCUGCUGUAAGGACCCCGCUUGUAACCUAGCUCUUGUGGAGCAGGUCCCCGGCACAGAAGAUGACCACAUCCAGGGCUGUUUUCUCCUCAACUGUCUCUACGAGCAAGCUUUCGUCUGCAGGUUUGCCAGGAAGAUCGGCUUCGUGAACUUCUUGAGGAAGGACGUGUACGAUUCCUACCAGACCAUGCAGAAUCACGGAUCCAGCGAUGACCGUCCUCCAGUCGCCCGCACUGGCAUGGACAUGAGGGUGCAGCCCGGGGAGCCAGUGAUGCUGAGAGGCACGGAGAGCACAGAUGACCGAGGCAUAGUCAGAUACGACUGGAAACAGAUCCUUGGUGACACCUCUGUGGAGAUGAAGAAUCACAAAGAAGAUGAGGUAGAAAUCUCCAACCUACAGCCAGGGACUUACGUCUUCCAGCUUACUGUCACGGACACUGCACAACAGCAAGACUUUACCAACAUCACCGUCAUGGUGCUGAGUUCUGAGCAGACUGAAGAGCACUGUUUGACUCCUAAGAAGGUGGGCUGGUGCCGAGGAUCUUUUCCACGUUGGUUUUACAACCCAAGCCUUCAGCAGUGUGAGGAGUUCAUUUUUGGUGGCUGCAAGCCCAACAAGAACAACUACUUACGAGAAGAGGAGUGUAAACUUGCUUGCAAGAAUGUUAGAGGCUCUGUUGGUGGGCGACAAGAGCCAGUGUGCAAUGGAAACUGUCAGUCCCCCUUCUUCAGAUGCAAGGAUGGCUGCUGCAUUGAUGCCUAUCUGGAGUGUGAUGAAACUCUUGACUGCGCUGAUGGCUCAGAUGAGAUGUACUGUGAGCAGUAUGCUCGUGAGUUCAACAGACUGCAGAAAAUCAAUAUCACACAUAAGCAAGGUCACUGUGUGGACUUGCCUGACAGUGGGCAGUGCACUGACAGCAUCCCCCGCUGGUACUAUAACCCAUUCUCUGAGAAAUGCGACCCCUUCACCUAUGGGGGCUGUGGUGGCAACAACAACAACUUCCAAGAGGAGGAAGAGUGUAUGAAAUCAUGUUCAGGCAUCACAAAAGCAGACGUCAUUGGCCGGAGAUGGGAGUCAUUUGAAUCCCAAAGUGAUACCCUAAGUGCCUUUGAGGUGGUGAUUGCUGUGCUUCUUGGGAUCUGCAUCAUGGUGGUCCUGGUGAUCAUUGGAUACUUCUUCCUGAAGAAGAGGAAGAAGAGCAGCCGCCGCCGUCAGCCAGCCACUGCUACCAACUCAACCCUCUCCACCACUGAGGACACAGAGCAUCUGUUUUACAGCAGUGCCACCAAACCAGUCUGACCUGCAGCCUCUCUCUCCAGUCUAGCACUGGGGCAUUCCCUAGAACUUCUAGAGUGCUGUUUUUAGACAUGGGCCUGUGCCUGAAGGAUUGUUUCUCUUUGAAGACAUUUGUAGCAACAGGCCAAGAUCUAGCUGUGAUUUGGCAGUACUGCUCUGGGAAAUGAGGUUCUGGGAGCAUUUUGAUGCUCUCUGAUGUCUAUCCCUUUCUAACCCCAAACCAUCCAGUGAAACUCAAUUACAUCUUUCUUCCUGUUCAAACCCAGAGCACAACUCCAGUCAACUUACUGAAGGACCCUGGGACUGGAUCUGUGUCUCAUUCACAUUGGUGAAUGGUGCAAGCUCACCAGAGCCAACAUUUUUUUGUUGGCAGUGUCACUUUCUUACACUCAACAUUGUAUUUUCUUCCCUUUCCUCAGUCCUCUGCAAGGUCACCCUGCCCUCCAGCAUUCCUCCUGGCCGUGGUGAACCUCUUGAGGACUGUGAGAUGCACAGAGAUGUCCAGACCUGUUCCAAGGGCUCUGCGACACUCUCCAGUGGUUCCUGUUUUCAAGAUGGAAGGAAACAGAAAUACCUGCUUUCAUCACUAGGCUUUGCUUUUUAAGAGAAAAGCACACCUAGGUUUUUUUUUCUGCCUGGAUGGCAUGUUAGAGCCUCCUACGUGUGGUACAUGUCCACUGUUUUCUGUCUGUGAGCUGCUCAGAUUGCUUUUCUGGUAAUCAAUCUGAACUCAGACACACUGAGAAAAUAGCUAUUUAUUCUCAUGUGAAAGGAAAGGAAAUGUCCCUACUUCUCCUGCUAAUGAGAGGCAGAGGGUGGAAGGACUCAGCUCCCUUGCAAUUGGACUGUUGCUGCAGCUUUGAUUUUACUGUGCUCUCCUCCAAGAACACAGCCUGACCUGAGUGUGUGGCAGCUCCCAGAGCACAUGACUGAGCUAAUGUUCUGGGGCUUCCUUGCUUCUGCUGGACUGUCCCUCCCAGUGCAAGAUGAGCCCAGCCCUGUGAGGUGUUGGCCCUAUGGCAAGGUGUGACAUCCCCACUUCAGCAAGGUUCCCCCAUAGGCUGCUUGCAGUGAAGUGCUUCUCAUGCUCAUACUGCUGCAUCUCUGUGGUCCAGGCUGUGGACUUCUGUUAUGGGCAGAAGCUGCUAUUUCUGAAGUGCAUGGUACAUUUUGUUGGCUGUGGGGUUGGCACUAAUCCCCAAAUUUCCAGUGCUUGCUGCUCUUGGAAAAACUUCAACUGUGAAGAGACCAGGGCAUGUGUGUUUGAAUAUAUGUGUGUGUGUGUGUGUGUGUAAGAAGCAUAAAUCUAUGUACAGACUUCAGUUUAAAUGCUUGGGCCCUUUCAGGCCCAAGAGCAAAGAGGCUCUGGAAGGCUCUGGCAAAGCCAUGCCCAUCUCAGGGCAUGGUUCUCAAGCUCCAGGAGAGCUGCCUUAUUGGGCUGAUGUCUGGGAUGGAAGGGAAGAAACCACUGCCCACAGCCUGCUGGCAAUCUGACUGCACACUUCUCCCCAUCAUGGGCAUCUGCCUCAGUGUCCCUGGGGCUGGUCAGAUUCCUCCAUGGCUUUUCAUAGAGUUGUUUAGGUUGGAAAAGACUUUUAAGAUCAUUGAGUCCAACCAUCAUAAUCUGUCUCAUAUCAUUUCUUCCAUCUCUGUUUUUGCCACAGCCUAUCAUGGUCUAUGCAAUAAACCUAACAUGUUGAUUUAUUUUUUGUGUGCUCACUCUGAUAAUAAAGAGGAAUUGUUUAUCUUA